UGCCUAUAUAUAUAUAAGGUGAACAUGUCAGAAUUGGUUCAUCACCAAAAUCGUCGACCUUUGUUUUCUUGUUCAUCAGUAGCUCAGAUUUUCUUGGAUCAGGGAAACAACUUGUUUAAGAUACUAAGCUAGCUCCUGUAAAGUGUCAAUAUGACGAUUGUGGAGAUGAGAGUGCACAUGGACUGUCCUGGAUGCGAAAGCAAAAUAAUGAAAGCUCUUUCCAAAUUAGAUGGAGUGGACACCAUCGACAUAGAUAUGAAAAUGCAAAAAGUCACGGUCACCGGGUGGGCGGAUCAGAAUAAGGUUCUCAAAACAGUAAGGAAGACGGGAAGGAAGGCGGAGCUCUGGCCGUUCCCAUACAACCCGGAGUACCACGACUUCUACACCCACUACUACGGGACUCUGCCUGAUUACUUCUACUCAGACAACACCAACGGCUACAACAGCCCACCCAACUAUUUCGUGGCUGACCUGCCAUCAAGGUACAACUACCAUGAGCACGGCUACAAUGGGCACGAGCAUGGCUACUAUCACCGGCCACCCUCCUCGGCUAUUCUUGAUGAUCGGGCCACUACCAUUUUUAGCGAUGACAAUGCCACUGGUUGCUCUGUAAUGUGAUCAAAGGAAAAGCAAAACUUGAAU